AAAUGUACCUACGACAUUGUUUGAUUUGUUUGUGUUUCUAAUCAUGAAACUAAGUUCAUAACCAGUUUCUGAUUCCAUUUUAUUUCAUAGCAGUUUGUUUCGUUUUUAACAAUUAUGUUAGACUAAUUUAUACGUAUUUUAAAUACUUCGAAAAACUUUUCUUAUAGAUUUUUUUAACCUCUUAUCUGCCACUACAUAAUUAAUCGAUUUCUCAUCUACCUUUUGUAAUAAAUAUAAAUCAGUUUUAGAAAUGCACGGUAGAAUAAAAGUUCGGACAUCUGAAGAGGAAAAAGCGAAAAAGGAAAAAGAGAGACAAGAGAAGUUAAAGUUUUUUAAACAUGCUAUGCAAAAAAUUCAAUCUAAAAGGAAAGAAGGGGAAGAAGAUGAUGAACAAUUGGGUAUAAUUGAAAAGGUCUUACUUGCUAAUCCUGAUAUUUAUACAUUAUGGAAUAUAAGAAGAGAUAUAUUGAGCAGUUUUAAGAAAAUAAAAUCCGAAGAAGAAAUGGUAAAACUCUAUGAUUCAGAACUGUGUUUAACCGAAUACUGCCUUAAAGUUAAUCCUAAAUCUUACUGUGCUUGGCAUCAGAGAGAGUGGGUCCUAGUUAAUAGGUCUGAUCCAAACUGGAAAAAAGAACUUGAUCUUUGCAAUACAUAUCUCAAGAUAGAUGAAAGGAAUUUUCAUACAUGGGAUUACCGCCGUUUCGUCAUUGGCCAAUGUAAGCCACCUUUGCAAGAUGAAUUUGACUAUACCACGGAAAAACUAUACGAUAAUUUCUCCAAUUAUUCAGCUUGGCAUUAUAGGAGUAAAAUGUUAGUUGAAUUAUAUCCUGACCUAGAAGGCGGACGACCAAUUCAAGACAGCCAUCAUAAACAUGAAUUAAAAAUGGUCCAGAGCGCAGCAUUUACAGAUCCCGAUGAUACAAGUGCUUGGUUUUAUCAACGGUGGUUAUUGGGUGCAGUUAAAGUAACAAUAAAACUAGUUGCAUGUACGGUCACUCCAUCUAAAGUGACUCUUGCCUGGAGUAAGAGUGUUUCAAAGGAGUAUUUAAAUAACAAAAUCCAACUUUACAUAGAUGAUGAAUGUGUCAAUGGGGAAUGGGAAUCUUGUACAGGAUAUGAAUAUGACGAUCUGUGGAUACUCAAACAUUCACAUAAAAUUUUAACUAAAUCUCAUAUUAAGGUGGAACAUAUAAUGAAUAAUAAUGGGAAACAGUUGAUAGUGUGUAAUGAGUGUCAACCCUUAGUGUAUAUUGGAAAAAGCGAAAUUACUUUUCAAAAUCAGUACUCGAAACCUGUUGUAGAAGAGUUAAAUGAUCAACUUGAUUCCUGCAGACAGCUAUUGGCCUUGGAGCCAGACAAUAGAUGGACAUUAUUGACAACAACAGUGUUUCUCCAUUGUAUAGAUCCCAAAUCACACCAUCUCGAAGUUAUAGAUAAUUUGCAGAGAUUAAAAAAAUUAGACUCCCAAAGAGCUGGGUACUACAAUGAUUUAAUAUCAAUGUGGAGUAUUGAGCAACAGUUACAAAAUGAUUAUAAUGAAAAUAUUGAAAAAUUUUAUAUUAGAUUUGGUGAAAAACUUACAAGUUUACCUCAUUUGCAAUAUUAUAGCUUCUGUCAAACAGUUGACUUGUCAAAUCAAGAAUUAACAUCAAGAAUAUUGCCAACACUUAUCAAGCUACAACAUUGCAAGAUACUGGAUCUGUCGAAUAAUAAAUUAACAUCUGGAUGGGUUCCCCGCAUUACAAUUGGAACAGUUAAUUUUGAAAGGAAAUGAAAUUAAAGAGGAGGAUAUAGCUUUGUUCCAAGAAAAACAUGGUCUUACAAAAAUAAUUAUUUAAUAGUAGUGUAACAUUUAAACUCGUUUAUCUUAUUUUCUAGAUCUAAUUAUAACAGAUUGUACUAUUAUGACAGGUUAUUAAUCAUUCAAUCAUAUUAAUGUUAAAAUCACUUUUACUUUGAUUAUGUAUAACACUUUAUCACAUAUAUUAUUUAAACAUUAGUUUUUUUUUUUGAAUAUGUGUUCAAUAAGCAAAACUAUGAGUAAUAUAUUGAAAUUGGAUUAUUAUAAUGUAUUAUAUUAUUGUAUUUGAAAAAUACUAAGUAAUUUUAAUAAUAAUUAAAACUUAAACAAAACAACAUAGCUACCUAUUUAUAUAAUUCUAAAUAAUAAUACUAAAUGUAAUGUAUACAUAAAUAUACACGAUUUUUGAUUGCUUUCUUGCUAUCUGUAUAAUUUGUACCUUCAAAUACUAUGUCCUAAGAAAAAAAUGUAUAAUUUCUAAUUAAAAUUUGUUAUAGACAUGA